GUUAACGUUCCGGCUUGAAGACGUGAGAGACCCCUGCGGUGCUGGGGCUCUAACGUUACUCCUAUAACCGUUACAAUGAGAUAUUCAUUAAACAAAAAUACAGAGUUAAUAUAAACACCGAGAGAAAUAUUUUUCACCAAACAAGAGCGACCCCCACCCCUCAAGAAACCAGGGUCAGAGUUCACAGGAAGCUGGGGGGCUGCCAUUUUUCCCUGCUACUGCUAACGUUAACGGUAGAUGCUAAAGCGACGGGGAGGGGCGGUUGGUUUUGGAUUUUUGUAGCUAGCUGGUAUCAACUGAUCGAAAUCGUUACACCGAAAAACCGUCAUUUCUCCGACCGUCGUCGCUAACCAUUGUUAUUGGAUGCAUUCGGCAUGGAGAAGGUAGCGGAGCCGUCUUGGACUUCUUCGUACACCUAUCAGGUGAGCAAGCACAGUGCGGAGAUGCUACACAACCUCAACAUUCAGAGGAAAGAUGGAGGCAGGUUCUGCGAUGUGAUCUUACGCGUCGGCGAGGAGAGCUUCCCCGCACACAAGGCUGUGUUAGCCGCGUGCAGCGAGUAUUUCGAGUCGGUCUUCAGCCGCCAGCUGGAGGGCGACGGUGACACCAAGGAGCUGGAGAUGCACACCAUCAGCCCCAAAGUUUUUAAAGACGUCCUGGACUUCGCCUACACCUCCAGGAUCGUGGUGCGACUGGAGUGCUUUCCCGAGUUGAUGACAGCUGCCAAGUUCCUGCUGAUGCGGUCGGUCAUAGAGAUCUGUCAGGAGGUAAUCAAGCAGUCCAACGUUCAAAUCCUCGUCCCGACUUCACGCGGAGGAGAUGCCAGCCUCUUCCAGGCCACGGUGGCCACGCAGCAGGGUCUCGUGAACGGAACGGGAAUGCUGGUGAACGGCCAAGGCUUCCCUAACAAUGCACAGAUGCAUGUAGAUGGGAGUGGAAACACCACUGUCGUGUUAUUGGAGGGCGGCAGCGAAUCGUCGAUGCCAAUAUUGGAGCCCGUCGAAGGACUGUCCGUGUCCCCAUCAACGGAAAUGCUGGGCAACACGUUUCAGCACGACGCGGGCUCCCCGGGGUCCAAACGAAACCGGGGGAGACCAAAGAAAGCUGGCGGGGUUGUGGAGGCUGUGCAGUUAAACAGCAGCACACAGAAAGACAUUGUGCUGUUUCCUUGCGGGACUUGCGGUAAGGCUUUCACAGAGGCUUCCCGGUUGAAGAACCACGAAGCGCAGCACGGAGCCCACAGCGGCGAUGUAAACAACGUCGGUGACAGCCUGUCAACGGCGGGCAUUUCUUUAAUGUCCCCGUCUGGUCUGGUGGAGAACGGCGUGCAGUUACACGGAGGGCUGACGAUGGACAACGGCCGCAAACGGGAGAGGACCAGGCGGCACGUCGGCUGUGACAUUUGCGGUAAAGUUUUCCGCGACGUUUACCACCUGAACCGACACAAGCUCUCCCAUUCUGGAGAGAAGCCGUACGCGUGCCAUGUGUGCGGGCUGCGGUUCAAACGCAAGGACAGGAUGUCGUACCAUGUGCGGUCCCACGACGGCUCAGUCGGCAAACCGUAUGUGUGCCAAAGCUGUGGUAAAGGGUUUUCAAGACCAGACCACCUAAAUGGACAUAUCAAACAGGUUCACACAACAGAGAGACCCCACAAGUGCCAGAUUUGUAAUGCCUCUUUUGCGACAAGAGAUCGCCUCCGGUCACACCUCGCAUGCCAUGAAGACAAAAUCCCCUGCAAAGUUUGUGGCAAGUUUCUGCGAGCUGCCUACAUGACGGACCACCUCAAGAAACACAGUGAAGGGACACACAACUACUGUGGCAUUUGCAACAAAGGUUUCUCCACUGCGUCCUACCUUAAGGUGCAUAUAAAGACACACCAUGGCUCUCCACUGCCCCCCUCUGCCACAAUGCACACCUUCCCUGAGCCAAGGGGGGAGCUGCAGAUGCACAACGGCACCCCUUACCACAUGGGACGCCAGUGCUCAGUGGAAGACCUGUGCGCCAGUCGCCAGCUGCUUCUCACCUCGUCUGAGGCAGAGGUUCGCUUUCAUGGGCUCUCUGGACACCCAGCUCUUCCCCAGCCUGGGCCUCCAGCCUUGGGCCUGCAGCCUGAGCUGCUCAUGGGGAAGGCAGGUGGGGCUCCAUAUUUCUGGGAUUGUCGCUCUGGCGGGGUGCCGGGCUUCCCCGUCCAUGGGCCUGCUGCAGACGGGCAGGAAAACACUGGGAAAUGUCCUCAUCUGGAAUCAGAAGAAUCCGAUCCUUCAUUUGGGGAAUUGCCCAACGGUGACGAGCUUAAAUCUCCACACAAACCUGACGGGCCGGAGCUCGAGAUGCCCUCCUUAGCCUGCAACGGAGCCUCUGCGGAGGCCUUGGGCUCCCCGGAGGGAUCUAAAGCCAAGACGGAUCCCGAGAAGAAGUUUACCUGUGGCAUCUGCGGUCAGGCCUUUCGCACCAAGUCCUACCUCAACAAGCACCAGCACAGAGUUCACAAAACCCAGAAGGCCCAGGGUGUUUCAGGGUCGGGCUUAAAUGAGCUGUCCCCCUCCCUCACCUCUCCCUUCUCCCCGCAACAAAACAUGUCUCUUCUCGAGUCUUUUGGCUUUCAGAUAGUCCAGUCUGCUUUUGCCUCUUCACUGGUGGAUGCUGAGGCCGGUCAGAGUGGAAUAGACUUUGGAGGGAAGUGACAUAUUUGCUGAAGUUCUAGCAAAUCCCCUUUUCUUCGGACAAAGCAGCCUGGUCGCCCACAGAAGACGCUCUGUAUUUGGGAAUCACUUUGACUCGAGGCUACUUUUUCUGUUUUGUUGCGUGACUCAAUGUGUAUCCAAUAUUUUUCUCACAGACUGCCAUACGAUUCCUACUUUUUCUAUUUUUUCAGAGCAUAAAAAUUGAGUGCACAGUGUUUGAAUUUCCUUCAUAAAGAAAGGACAUGAAGGUUUUAUUUCCUUUUAUCUGAUGUGGAUCUGUUGAAGUUAUGUUUGGUAUUCUUUCAUUUGUUUUUGGCUUGUGUGUUGUUUGAGCUUUCUUAGCUGCACAAACGUUUCUUGACAUGAGAGGAAUUAUUUUCCACAACCUUUAAAAAAGUAAAUACUUAUUGUCUGUUCGCCCACUUUAACUGCUCUGAUGUACCUCGUAAAUCAACCCUUGG